UGCCUGCCCGGCAGGCACCUCCAGGUUUUGGAUCCCACCAGAUGAUCUGCCUUCAGUUUCACACUCUUCGGAUCAGCUUACAACACUCCUGUGUUAGUCCAAGUUCUUCAGAAAGUUUGUAAGGCAACUUUGGUUAAAGAUGACUUCAUUGAUCGCUCAAGAAAUUCGCCUUUCUAAAAGACAUGAAGAAAUAAUAUCACAAAGACUAAUGUUACUUCAACAAAUGCAGAAUAAACUUGAAGGUCAAAACAAAGAAAAGGUAUCUCAGAUUCAAGCAGCUGAGGUUGCUUUUGAGAGGAAUCAUAGUCUUUUAAAGGAUAUAGAAGCAGCAGAAAGGUCUCUAAAAACCAGGAUUCACCCUCUUCUACCACCUGAGGUAGUUUCUCUUGAGACUCUUUACUGGGCAUCAGUAGAAGAAUGUAUUCCCAAAUGGGAACAGUUUCUUUUAGGAAAAUCACCAUAUCCCAUUGUUGCCGUAAAUCAAAAUGAGGCCGAAAAUCAAAAUGAGACUGAAAGUGCCGUUCAAAAGGAAGCACAGCGAUAACUUCUUCACAUGCUAUUGCAAAAAAAAAAAGAGAAAAAAAAACUCUGGUAAAGAUGAAUGCUAAAAAAUAUGCAGGUCCCUUCAGGAACUUUAGGAAUUGUCUAUAUUCAUUUUUGUCCUGUUGCCUCAAUGACAAUAGACACAUAUAGGCAAUCUU